AUGCCUGCUUGUCAGGCAUGUUGGGAGCCUUUUCAAGGCGAUGAGAAUUACGGCUUGGUCCAGCUGGGCGUGUGGACCGCGGCGUGGCACGUCCGCAUGCACAAGUUCAUGCCGCCGGGGCAUGGCAAGCACCUCGUCACGCUACCUGUGCUGCUGGUUGCGCAUCACAACUGGAGCUUGUUUUUUGCGUGUGACCGCGGCGAGAGGAUUGACAUACUUCCAUUCGGGCCCAUAGGUGGCACGUGGAAACUUUCUGAGACAUACAACCUGCUUGCAAAUCUAAGGGCGCUGGUUGACUGGGUGGACGGGUGCUUCCGAGAGUGGAUGAAAUAA